UACAGGUGGUUUAGAUUUAUGUUUUUACAUAAGACAGUUGUAGAGUAUGUCAGCAAGGGUUUGCUGGUAGCAUACACGUUUCAGAGUAAUUAGAAAUGAAGCCUUUUGAGGAAAUUAGGGUGCCCCAGCCUCCAAGAGCCCGAGUGUUGUUAUGGGCAGAUCUAAAGCAGAGUGACUUAGAAGAGCUUGAGAGGACCAAGUCUAUACCAGAGAUUGAAAGGAUUUUAUGUCGUGCAUUGGUCCCGGAUGUGCCUGAGCCCAAGCGGAGAAUACUGCUCGAGCUCUACACAAAUCAAGUGUUGUUAUGCAAGGAGAAACAUUUCAACAGGGAACAAACUUCUGUUCUCAUUUCCAUUGUCAAGAAUGUGCAUCAGUUUAACACAGAAACACCCCUUAACAACACAGAUCACUGUUUUAACUACUGCAGUGAACUUCUGCUUUGUCAUUCAGUCAGAAGGCCUCCCUUCAGUAUUGAUCUUUUCAACGCUGAUCAAGUGACAGAGAUUUUAACCAAUUUUAUCAACACAUAUAUAAGACACUAUUUUUUAUACAAAUACAUUUUUACACCAGAGGUACAUUUGGAUUUAUCAUUGUCCUAUGUUGGAAUACCUGAGCUCACAGGUGAAGAGGAAAUUGCCAGAUCUGAAAUUGCUGCAGAUGAUGCAAGAGAAUUUGAAAGGGAGAUAGUGAUGGAUGAAGAUCAACAAAGUGCUGCAACACCAAUAAUGAAGACAACAGAGACAGACAAUCCUAAACAAGGUUCCACACCAAAGUCUGAGGUCAGGACUAUAGUUCAAAAGGAGGUGAGAGAAGAAGUGAUGCGCUUGAAUGCUCAGCUACAAAAAAGGCUGCAGGAAAGUGCCGAGCAGCUUAAUGGUGUCCUUAGUAAACUUGAGGCCAACAUUCAAGUUAUAAAAUAA